AAACACGAGGAAGCAGGAAGGCAGUGAGGGUGAAGUUUAGCAGAAGUGGUCGAUGAGCUGGCAGACUGGUAGGACAGGUUAAACGAGCACGUUGACUUGAGAUAGUUUGAACUGCAUAUUCCUCAUUCACUUAGACUCGCUGAUUCUUUCAGUCCGCUUGCUUGCUUUUCUUAAAAAGGAGUAAUUCGGGAGUUUUCCUACUAAAAUGAAGGUGGUAUUUUUACUGUGUGUUUGGAUUCCAUCUGCAGUCAGUGUCGUUGUGAAUUUCAAACCAGAAGUUCCCUUGACCUCUGACCUUCUAGUUAUCCGAACUGCGACCACUAUCACUCUGAGCAAGCCGAUUUGCCUCUUUCCUAAUGGUACUAUUGUGGAAGUUUUCGGAGUGCAAGCCAACGCGACCUCACUCUCAGAUGAAAUUGGCACUAUGAUCAGAAAUUAUCAACAAACAAGAGGAGGAGCAACUGGGCCAUACCGUGCUGCAAGCUUUGCCAUCGCUACCUGUACCUCUUCACCUUUCAUGGCGAGCACAGAUCCGACAAGAAUCCAGGCUGAGAUUGAUGAAUAUCUUUUCAGAGCUGGAAAUGAUGUCCAGUGCUUGAACCAAGUUAGCAACCCUCCAGAGAUUUGUAAUGCACCACUCAAAGCUGGUGCAACAUACAGAUUCAAGUAUGCUGUACGAAAUGAAUCUACAAGCGCAAUUGAAGUUGAAACACUCUGGUCAGACUCCAUCUCUCUUCUCCAAGUGGUGGAGCCUACUGUUUUCAGCAUUUCACCAGGUGGGAGGACUGGAGGAAUGGUGGUGAUCACAACAAUUCUUUCCAUUCUCCUCUUUCUACUUCUCUGUAGCCUCGCCACCAUGCUGAUCUUUAAGUUAUGGGGGUCAAAAGAAUUAGUUGCAGUGGAGCAGCCGAUUCCACGAACCUACACCACUCAUGUGAGAAACCAGGGCUAUUCUGAUCGUAUCUAUUCGCAAGCAAGCAAACCUGAUGCUCCACAACCAACUGACAAACCGCGUUACCAGUCUACUAUUGAGCCUGCUCAACCUUCAGCAUAACGUGCUAUAAAUCUCCAAGUGAUGAUGGUAAUUUAAAAAUGAAGACGAAAACGGAGGUCAAUGAUGGAGGAAGUAAUGAUCAGCACUCUGGAUAUCCUUCUGUUAAUGCAUAAUACUGGAUACCUUCUAACACAAUGCAUAAUUAUUGGAGCCCAAACUUGCUUUUCCAAACCCUAUUGUUUAACAGAUGGUGACUGUACAGGGAUCGUUAAAUUUCUAACUGUGACUUGGCUUAAUUUUUGUAUGUUAUUUUUCAUGUAUUCAUUACUUAAAAUGCAAAACAAAAUAUGUUUUUUUUUC